GUAAUUUGUUCAGUAGUUUAGACCGAAUAAAAGCCAACUGGAAAACACAUGAUUGGCCCAAUAUUGGAAGCGUAUCCAAUUUGUACCCUCCCCAAGCCUGCUCUUCAAGCUCAUGGAUCCGUCCAGCUUCGUCGGAUGUUCUCCGAGACUCGUCGCCUUGUCCCAACAGCUCCGCCUUUACAAGCCACCGCCUACCUUCGAGGACUCCGAGGAGCAGGACCUCGAAGGAAGCGAUGUGAAAGUGGUUUCCCAAUCCCAAGUCGGUUUUGCGGAAUCGGCCACCCCAAUUGUACAAAAUCCAGGAAGGUUUAGACCCAAGAGAGCCGCUGUUUUGGUCUGUCUCUUUGAAGGGGAUGCAGGGGAUCUGCGUGUCAUUCUCACUAAGCGGUCUUCGAAGCUGUCCACGCACUCAGGUGAAGUAUCAUUGCCUGGUGGGAAGGCUGAGGAGGGGGAUAAGGAUGAUGGGGAUACGGCCACAAGGGAGGCAAGGGAGGAGAUUGGGCUGGAUCCUUCACUUGUCAAUGUUGUCACAGUACUUGAACCAUUCUUGUCUAAGCACCUCCUGAGAGUUGCACCUGUUGUCGGCAUACUUAAUGAAAGGAACUCAUUCAAGCCUUCUCCAAAUCCUUCUGAAGUGGAAGUGAUAUUUGAUGCUCCCUUGGAAAUGUUUAUCAAGGAUGAGAAUCGGAGAGCAGAGGAGAGAGAUUGGAUGGGACAGAAGUAUAUCCUGCAUUUCUUUGACUAUGAAAAUGAGAAGAAGAAAUACAUGAUAUGGGGUUUAACAGCUAGCAUCUUGAUACGGGUUGCAUCAGUUGUAUACCAGCGGCCACCAGCUUUUGUGGAACUAAAUCCCAUUUUCAAGUUUCCGAAAGUUAUUAAUAAUGAUACUGUAGUGCCUUAAAUUCAAGCUAGAUGUUUUGGGUUGUAAUUAACCGUAAUCAUCAUUCCUGCAAUAAUGUCCCCACAACUUGCAGUUGUUGGACUAGUAUUUUGUGUUGAAGAUAAAUUUAAAUUUGAUGAAAA